UUCACGCCCACCGCGCGAGCUCGCGCACGCCGAGCAACGGGCCGCGCCACGCAGUUGACGGCAGCGACGAGCCGAGCCGAGCCGGCGGCCGGUGUGUGUGUGUGUUGUGUUCGCUGGAGUCACACAGAGCGGCAGAGUUUGCAAAUCCCAGGAGCAAUUUGAUUACCUUUCCUAUGGAUCAAUAAGUCACGAAUAAAUGGAACUACCUCGUUUAACUGGAGCUUUACGCUCCUUUUCAAAUGUCACCAGACAAGAUGAAUAUAUUGAAGAUUCUUCAGAGAUGAUGACAAAAAGAUCAAAGAGGAAAGAACACUUCUGCAAAACAGGGUUGAGUUGGAAGAAUAUAAUUCAUAUAGUUGAGAAUAUACCAAAGAAGGAACAUGAGAUUAUUAAUGAUGAUCUCAAAAAGGUUUUGAAGGCUGCUAGACAAUUUGUUGGUACCGAACAGGAAGAAGAUACCGUGGAAAGUGCUGCUCUUUUUCUCUUCAAAACUUUUCAUAACAAGGACCAUGUUGGACAAGAAGAAACAAAAGCAUUAAAACAAAUGUUUGGGCCAUUCCCUUCCUCUGCUGCCACUGCUGCCUGUAAUGCUGUGUAUAAAAUUGCUGCAUAUUUCAGUGAAGAAGAACUGCAAACGUUAAUUUCUGCAAAUAAAUCUGCAAGCCAAAAUUCUCAAGUACAGUUUGGUAAAAACAUUAAUUUUUCAUUUGAAUCAUUUACUUUGGAAUAUAUAGAGGAAAUGCCUUUGAACUGUGAGGAAAACAGCUACAAGGAUUUCAGUCUAGACUAUGAUAAAUAUUUAAACAAUCAUCAGGAAGAUUUAAAAAAUGGAUUAAUUGAUAAUUCAGAUCUAAAUUCUUCAAACAAAGUGGAUGGUUCAUUUUUAAGGCAAGAGGUUAAUAGCUACAUUGUUGGAACCUUGCAAGAGUCAGAAGAUCGGCCAACUGCAGACGACUUGUGUGGAACAUUAUUUGAGAUGCUGGCAUCUCCUAAAAGUGACGAUGAGCUUCAAAAUGAGUUGUUUGAACUUCUUGGACCUGAAGGAUUGGAACUGAUAGAGAGGCUUCUGCAGCACAGGCAUACGAUCAUUCAAAAUGCUCUCACCCACCCUAUGGAUCCCAAGCUCAGCUACCUUCAGGAUGCUUCAAAGAAAGGUUUGGGAGGAAAUUCACAGCCCAUAUAUGGCUGUCAAAUCACUGUCCAUUCAGAACAAGAAAAGCAAUUAUUGAAACUAUGUCGUAAGGAAGAAAAACGGUUAGCUAAACGAGAGAAAAAAGAUGAAGGGGAAUUUUCAGGAGAUGCACUUCAAUGCUUUGAUCCAAAGGAAUUGCGAUUACAACGGGAGAAUGCUCUACAGAAUGCACGGAUAGCACCAAUUCUUACAAGGCAAUAUAAUUAUGAACGAAUUCAUUACCCACAUGUUUAUGAUUCAUACAGUGAAGCAACACAGUCCUCAGCUUUUAUUGCUGGAGCAAAGUUGUUUCUUCCAGAAGGCAUUGAGCGUGAAAAUAACAAAAUCUACGAACAAGUGGCUAUUCCUGCUACACAACCCAUGGCACUUGGUAUUGAGGAGAAACUGAUUGAAAUCAGGAGUUUAGAUGAGAUUGGUCAGAUGGCUUUCAAAGGGAUGAAGCAACUGAACCGUAUCCAGUCAAUAGUAUUUGAGACAGCUUACAACACCAAUGAGAACAUGCUGAUCUGCGCCCCGACUGGAGCUGGGAAAACAAACAUCGCUAUGCUUUGUGUUCUGCACGAAAUUCGCCAGAACAUUCGACAAGGAGUAAUCAGAAAGGAUGAGUUCAAGAUUGUAUAUGUAGCUCCAAUGAAGGCCUUAGCUGCUGAGAUGACAAAUUACUUCAGCAAGCGCCUCGAGCCACUGGGUAUUCUGGUGAAGGAGCUGACUGGGGACAUGCAGUUGACCAAAGGAGAAAUUUUACGGACACAGAUGCUUGUUACAACACCUGAAAAGUGGGAUGUGGUAACGCGUAAAAGUGUUGGAGAUGUUGCCUUGUCCCAGAUCGUCAGACUGUUGAUUUUGGACGAGGUUCACUUGCUACAUGAAGAUCGAGGACCAGUUCUCGAAAGCUUGGUGGCACGGACACUACGACAGGUUGAAUCAACACAGAGUAUGAUCAGAAUUCUUGGUUUGUCAGCUACUCUUCCCAAUUAUAUUGAUGUGGCCAAUUUUCUCCAUGUGAAUCCAUUCAUUGGACUUUUCUUCUUUGAUGGGCGGUUUCGACCAGUACCUCUAAGCCAGACGUUCAUUGGAAUAAAAGCAUCAAAUAAGAUGCAACAACUACACGACAUGGAAGAAGUUUGUUAUGAAAAGGUUCUAGCAAAACUGAAGGAAGGACACCAGGUGAUGGUGUUUGUGCAUGCAAGAAACUCAACUGUUCGAACAGCCAUGGCUAUUCAAGAGAUGGCAAAAAACAGGGGUGAGAUCAUGUACUUCAUACCAAACCAAAGUGCGGACCUUGGCUCUGCUGAGAAACAGAUUCAGAAGUCGCGAAACAAGCAGUUACGUGAGUUGUUUCCAGAUGGAUUUGGCAUUCAUCAUGCAGGAAUGUUGCGUCAGGACAGGAACUUGGUUGAAAAUUACUUUUCUCGCGGGCACAUAAAAGUGUUGGUCUGCACAGCUACAUUGGCCUGGGGUGUUAAUCUUCCAGCACAUGCUGUCAUCAUAAAGGGCACUCAAAUAUAUGACGCCAAAAGGGGCUCUUUUGUUGACCUAGGAAUUUUAGAUGUGAUGCAGAUUUUCGGCAGAGCUGGACGGCCUCAAUUUGACAAGUUUGGCGAGGGUACCAUCAUCACUGCUCAUGAUAAACUGAGUCACUACUUAACUCUAUUGACUCAACAGAAUCCGAUCGAAAGCCAGUUUCUAGAUCGCUUAGCAGACAAUCUAAAUGCAGAGAUAGCUUUGGGAACAGUAACUAAUGUGGAAGAAGCAGUGAAAUGGUUGAGCUAUACCUACCUCUAUGUGCGGAUCAGAGCAAACCCAAUAGCCUAUGGUAUCAAUUACAAAGCUUACCAGAUGGACCCCGGACUGGAAAAAUACAGACAAGAGCUUGUCAUUGAGGCUGGCCACAAGUUGGACCAAGCCAGGAUGGUCCGUUUUGAAGAAAGAACUGGUUAUUUUUCAAUUACAGAUCUUGGUAGAACUGCCAGUCAUUACUACAUUCACUAUAAUACUAUCGAGACUUUCAAUGAACUGCUCGGUGCUCACAAAACUGAGGCAGACAUAUUUGCUUUAGUAUCUAAAGCUGAAGAAUUUGAACAAAUCAAGGUAAGAGAGGAGGAAUUGGAGGAGCUCGAUCAGCUGUUGUGCAAUUACUGUGAGCUGUCUGUCGCAGGUGGAGUCGAGAAUACCUAUGGCAAAGUCAACAUUCUUCUCCAAACGUACAUAAGCCACGGCGAGCUGGAAAGCUUCUCACUCAUUUCUGACUCUGCAUAUGUUGCUCAGAAUGCAGCUCGCAUUGUCCGGGCACUGUUUGAAGUUUGUUUGCGAAAACGAUGGCCUGCAAUGACGUACAAGCUGUUGAAUCUAUGCAAGAUUAUUGACAGGAGACUAUGGGGAUGGUGCAAUCCACUACGCCAGUUCUCGGUUCUGCCGGGUCACGUGCUCUCAAAGCUUGAGGAAAAGAAACUCACCAUAGAUAAGAUGAAGGACAUGCGCAAGGAUGAAAUAGGCCACAUGCUGCAUCAUGUUAACAUUGGAUUAAAGGUGAAGCAAUGUGUUCAUGAGAUCCCUUCUAUUGCAAUGGAAGCAAACAUCCAGCCCAUUACCCGAACUGUUCUUCGAGUUCGCCUGACCAUUAAUCCAGACUUCAAAUGGCAUGACCAGACUCAUGGAUCAGUCGGUGAGCCUUGGUGGAUUUGGGUGGAAGAUCCUGUGAAUGACCACAUAUACCAUUCAGAGUACUUUCUUCUGCAAAAGAAACAGGUUGUGUCUAAAGAAGCGCAGCUGUUGGUAUUUACCAUUCCUAUUUUUGAGCCAUUGCCCUCCCAGUACUACAUCCGGGCAGUGUCUGAUCGGUGGCUGGGAGCUGAAGCUGUGUGCAUAAUUAAUUUCCAAAAUCUGAUUCUGCCGGAAAGGCAUCCUCCUCACACUGAAUUGCUUGAUCUGCAGCCUUUGCCCAUCAAUGCGCUGGGAAAUCGGGAGUACGAAGCCCUGUACAAGUUUACCCACUUCAAUCCAAUCCAGACUCAGAUCUUUCAUACUGUUUAUCACACUGACAACAAUGUACUACUUGGAGCUCCAACGGGUUCUGGGAAGACGGUUGCAGCCGAGCUGGCAAUAUUUCGGAUUUUCAACAAAUACCCAACAUCAAAGGCUGUUUAUAUUGCUCCUCUGAAAGCGCUCGUGCGUGAACGAGUUGAGGAUUGGAAAAUCAGAAUUACAGAAAAGCUGGGUAAAAAUGUGGUGGAAUUGACUGGGGAUGUGACUCCAGAUAUGAAGGCGAUCAAAGAGGCGGACCUGAUUGUCACAACCCCUGAGAAAUGGGAUGGCAUCAGCAGAAGUUGGCAGAAUAGGAGUUAUGUGCAGAAAGUGGCGAUCCUCAUCAUAGAUGAGAUCCAUUUACUAGGGGAUGAAAGGGGUCCUGUGCUCGAAGUAAUUGUGUCCAGAACUAAUUUUAUCUCAUCUCACACUGAAAGUCCUGUAAGAAUAGUGGGCCUCUCCACCGCUCUCGCAAAUGCCAAAGAUCUGGCUGACUGGUUGGGCAUCAAACAGAAUGGAUUGUUUAACUUCAGACCAUCAGUGCGCCCCGUUCCUCUUGAAGUGCAUAUGCAUGGCUUCCCAGGCCAGCAUUACUGCCCUCGUAUGGCUACCAUGAACAAGCCAACAUUCCAAGCUAUUCGGAGCCAUUCGCCGUCCAAGCCCGUGUUGAUCUUUGUAUCAUCCCGACGUCAGACUCGUCUCACAGCUUUGGAUUUGAUAGCCUUUCUGGCAGCAGAGGAAGACCCUAAACAGUGGCUACACAUGGAUGAGAGAGAGAUGAGCGAUAUAAUUGAGAUGGUGAAAGAUUCAAAUCUAAAACUGACAUUAGCCUUUGGUAUUGGACUACAUCAUGCUGGAUUGCAUGAGCGUGAUCGGAAACAUGUGGAAGAACUCUUUGUUAAUUGCAAGAUCCAAGUUCUUAUUGCCACCAGCACGUUGGCUUGGGGGGUGAACUUCCCUGCUCAUCUCGUCGUCGUAAAGGGUACUGAGUAUUAUGAUGGAAAAACUAAACGUUACGUGGACUUUGCAAUUACAGAUGUUCUACAGAUGAUGGGACGUGCAGGCCGCCCACAGUUUGAUGACCAGGGAAAAGCUGGUUUGUUGAUUACUGUUACAUCUUUCCCACAUUGUAGUUUAUUGGAAGUUCUCGCUGACCACAUGAAUGCUGAGAUUUCUGCUGGAACGGUUAGUUCCAAACAAGAUGCCAUGGACUACAUUACGUGGACGUACUUCUUCCGUCGUCUUAUCAUGAAUCCCAGUUAUUAUAACUUGGAUGAUAUUAACCAUGAAAACAUGAACAAAUAUCUGUCCAACCUCGUGGAGAAGUCUCUUGCAGAUCUGGAAUCUUCCUAUUGCAUAUCAGUGAUGGAGGACAACCGUAGCAUCAAGUCACUGGAUUUAGGCCGAAUAGCCUCUUACUAUUAUCUGAAACACCCGACUGUGAGCAUGUUCAAGAAGAAAAUGAAUGCAGAUUGCCAUGUGGAGGACUUGCUGUCAGUUCUAACGGAAGCUACAGAAUACGCAGAUCUUCCAGUCCGACACAACGAAGACCAGCUGAAUAGUGAGCUUGCAAAGCGGCUGCCUCUUGAAGUGAGCCCACAUUCUUUUGACAGCGCACACACCAAAGCCCACCUGUUGCUCCAAGCACACUUUUGCCGAGCUAGCUUGCCCUCUCCUGAUUAUGCCACAGAUACAAAGUCCGUACUAGAUCAAUCCAUUCGAAUCUGUCAGGCAAUGCUGGAUGUGGCUGCAAAUAAUGGCUGGCUUGUGACAGCACUGAACAUAAUCAACCUGAUUCAGAUGGUGAUUCAAGGCAGAUGGGUACAUGACUCCUCUUUCCUCACCUUGCCAAACAUUGAGCAACAACACCUCUAUCUGUUCAGGAAGUGCAAUGCGGGUGGAAAGAAAAGCAGCUCAAAAGGUUACAGAGGUCCAGUUGAAUGUCUUCCUGAAUUGAUAGCGGCAUGUGAAUGGAGGGAGGAUAUAUUUCAUUCCAUUGUUGCUGAAGAACUGCAGCCUACACAGAUUUCCCAGGCUUGGAAUUUCUUGUCCCAUCUUCCAGUCAUCGAAGUUAGCCUGAGCAUCAAGGGCUGGUGGGAAAAUGCUCCAAAGGGGAAGAAUGAAAUAUUGUUGCCCAAUGUGAACACUGGCUUGCGAGAUGAGAAAAACUGGACACAAUUACAUGCGGAUCAGGAAUACCUACUGCAAGUCAAUUUACGGAGGAUAGGGCUGGCCCGCAACAAGGGCAAAUAUAACAGCAAAGCUACUACACCACGUUUCACAAAGGCCAAGGAUGAGGGCUGGGUUGUCAUCCUUGGGGAAAUAGACAAAAAGGAAUUGUUGGCUUUGAAACGAGUUGGAUAUGUUCGAAAUCGAAGCACCAUUUCUCUAGCCUUCUUUUCACCCGAAGUCACCGGAAGGUACAUCUACACAUUGUAUCUGAUGAAUGAUAGCUACCUGGGGAUGGACCAGCAGUAUGACAUUUAUUUGGAUGUGAUAGCAGCGAGCAUCGCUGCUCAAGUCAACACCGAGGUCUCAGAUGCCAUGAGUGACCUGGCCGUGGCCUGAAUAUUCACAGGUUUAGUGCCAAACAAGCCAGGAGCAGCGACCUCGCAGCACAGAUUGUGCUGGGGUGCUGGAGCAGCAGUGAAAAUUACUUGAUAUUUGCCUUAGUAGAUGCAACUUCUAACCUCAGAUUCAAAGGAAAUUACAGGUGGCUGCUGAUGUGACUUCCAGUGUGAUUCAUCUACACAGCUUGGUGGCCUUAUGUAAAUUUGCAUUUUAGAUUACUGCUCUAACCUGAUAAAUUUGAGUCUGUUUAUAUAGUUCACCAACGCACCAGGCAAAGAGCUGAGAGCUGCCCAUCAAGAGUCACAACUUCCUUCUCCAUUACCUUAUUAAGGCUAUGUAUUUGUUGUGGAGAUGUCAUUGGCACUUUUUAAGAAUAACUUAAUAUUAAUUAGCAUUCUUUCAGUGAAUGCAAAUUUGCAUUGACAGCUGAUUACAAAGAUGGAAAAGGAACCAACCUACUUUCUUCAUAACUAAUAAAGUAUGGACUUCUUGUACUUCCUGUGACUGAUACUGGAGCAUUUAAAUGAUUAUUCUGUAUAGUGUAAGUUAUUUUGAAUUUAGCCAUCAAACUGAUUAGUAAUAUUAUCAAGGCAAAACGGAAGUCUGUACAAUUCGCAUAAUUGUUAUAUGAAUUAACGGUAUAUUUACAAAAAAAAAACUAUCUCUAUGACGAGAGAGAAAAUAAGGUAAUUUAAAGGCAAGUUGUGAUUGAAAAUUAAUUCCCAUAUCCACAGAGUGCAGAGGGUAUUCAUUGCCAUGGUAACACAAAGGCUAAACUCGACACAUUUAUAACCAUGGGGUCAGGUUAAACCUAAUAACCUUUCUCUGCAGUGAAAGCUGUCACACUUCAUUUGUCAAUACCAAUUUAGUUGUAUCUGUAAAAAUUAAAUUGUGGCAAAAAUACUUACUAGCACAAGGAAAAAAAUGCUAUUUACUGUCAAAAGGGAAACUGGCAUUGAAUAUGAGUUUACAAUGCUGCUUGCAAAUGUACAAAACCAUUAAACUUUAUUGCAAUACC